CCCGGGCACUUCUCCUGCACCGAGCGGGUCGGCCGGGAGGGCACCGCCGUCUGGUGUACGGAGCAGCCGGAGCAGGGCCGCGGGAUGCGGGGAGCCAGCUGGAUCGCCUCCGAGCCGGCCUCGGUAAGCUAGCCGGCCCGAGAGAGAGAGAAGAAGGGCAGCGCGGGCCUGUUUGCCCAGCCUGCAUAGGCCAGCAGUCUCGAGGGGGCCUCUGAGCAUAGCCAGAGUGCCUUUUCCUCUGCAGCCAAAUCGGCGUGGAGACCGGUAGGCCUGGACCCCCGAACCUCUCCUUUUUGAAGGGUCGCCCCCACCCGCCAUCUCUGUUCACCUCCGUAUAUGGCUGGGGUCUGGCUAGCUCUGCUGUCCGGUCGGCGCUCCCUCUCGGCCUCCGGCCUCAUCUCUCCAUCCUCGGGCGCGGGUGGGGGCUGAUUUCGACUCUUCCCCCUCCCCGGCUUUCUCUCUCUUCUCUCCUCCCCACCCCCAAACAUAUUCCUCUCCUUCGCCAUGACUUGCCUGCAGUCCUCACAGGACAGCCUGGCGGGGAACGUGUGCGCCAUCGAGGGUCUCCCGCCGCUGCCCAAGGGGCUCAGCGGGAUCCUCAACUCCAGCGGAGGCUCGUGGCGCGAGAUCGAGAAAGUUUACAGCAAGAAGACGCGCAUCCAGGACGACCUGAGCAAAUCCCAGGCUACCUCGGAGAAGCUGCUGCUCCGGAGCAAGCCCGCCAACCUCGACUCGGCCCUGGCGGUGCUGCGCAAGGAGAUGGUGGGGCUGCGGCAACUGGACAUGUCUCUGCUCUGCCAGCUCUGGUCCCUGUACGAGUCCAUUCAGGAAUACAAGGGCCUCUUCCAGGACAUGUCUUCCUCGCUGCACUCGGAAGGCAGCCUGGCUGCUGAAAAUGGCUUCUCGGAUGAGGAUGAAGACUUCGAGGUGGAUCAGAUGAGCCCCGACGGGCACAAGGAGAACCCGCUGGGACAGCGGCUCUGCCUGCUCCAGCCCCAGAACUCCCGGGAUCAGUGGCUCCAGGACUCCUUCCACAUCACCAUCUGAAGCCUCUGCCUAUGCUCCGCACUUGCCUCCCCCCACCCCCCGGUGUGUCGGCUGG